CGAGAUGAAGAAGAAAUACAAAAUCACGGGGCAGGAGGACGCCAUGUACCAGGCCAAAGUAACCGUGACAACAAAAGGGCGCAAGAACGAUCUGCCCGUGAAGAGCGGCGACAUCGUCAGCAUCAUCCGAACAACCAACUGCCCGAGAGGGAAGUGGCUGGCCCGGGACGGCGGCAACAACUACGGGUAUGUCGCCGUGGAUCACGUGGAGCUGGACAUCAAGGAGAUGUUGGAGCUGGGGAAGAAGGCGGCAAUCAACCGCAAGAGCAGCAGCAGCAACGUUAUCGACGGAGAGCUCCCCAGGACAGGGAGCAGGGAGUCGAAUCACUACCCUCUGUCAGCAGGAAGCUUCACAGAUGACAGUGAAGAGUGGACCGGUGAUGAUGAUGAAGCUCUCUCUCCUGCCCGUGACGUUGCAGAUCCGCUGGCUCCGCUGGGCCACACCAGGACGCUGUCCAUGCCGGACAUGGGAAACAAAGAUCUGAGUAUAAACCACCAGCACAGUCACAGUGACAUCAGUGCCGACGGCUCCCAUGUGCAAGCAAAACAUGAAGCACUUCAGAAGUUGGCGACGUUUUUCCACUCACCUUUACCUGUGGCGCCGGAUCCCUCCCUUUUUAACAGUGUCACUGAACUGGAGACAAGUCCUGUGCCGGCGGAGGCAGAAGCAGUUCACCUGCCGGAGCCGAGCGAGACGCAGGACCUGGAUAAUGAUCAUCCCAAUCUGCUCAUCUUGCCCCCCCCUGACCUGUACGCUGACCUGACCACAGAGUAACUGACAGAAAAACAAGCACAACAAGCAGUAUCAAGUCACCUAAGACUGACCGCACCUUCA